CCAUCAUAUCAUUAUCAUAAAAUAAGUAACACUUCACAUACCAAUACUACUAUAGUCAAUAGAACAUGGAGGCCAGAGUUUUCACGGAAGAGCAAGAAGCUCUGGUGGUCAAAUCAUGGAACGCAAUCAAGAACAAUUCUCAAGAAUUGGGUCUCAAGUUUUUCAACAAAAUAUUGGAGAUUGCUCCAGCAGCUCAGCAAUUGUUCUCAUUCUUGAAAGAUUCAAAUGUGCCUUUGGACCAAAAUCCCAAGCUCAAGCCCCACGCCAUGGCUGUCUUUGUCAUGACAUGUGAAUCAGCUGUUCAACUGCGGAAAGCUGGUAAAGUCACUGUGAGGGAAUCAAACUUGAAAAAAUUAGGUGCUACUCAUUUUAAAGCCGGUGUAGCACCCGAGCAUUUCGAGGUAACAAAGUUGGCACUUGUGGAGACCAUAAAAGAAGCAGUGCCUGAAAUGUGGUCAGAGGCCAUGAAGAAUGCAUGGGAAGAAGCUCAUGAUCAGCUGGCUGAUGCCAUCAAAUCUGAAAUGAACCCAUCCGCUUAGACUCUUCCUUGAUAGGGUCUGUGCAUUUCGUUUCUAUGAACAAUAAUUUAUGUAUGUUGCUAUUUGGGUUCCUAUGUUGGAAAAUGUUCAGUUCAGCAUUUGAUAAUUCAGUAAAUGAAUUUGAUGGUGAUAUGAUUGUAACAUAAAGAAAUAUGAUAAAUGCAUGGAUAAUGUGAUACAUAA